AUGAACGUCGUAAACGUGCGUGGUGUAUCCUUUAACCUAACCGCACUGCCCAAUUUGGGGAAGCUGGCACAUCUCACGGUGGAAGAAUCGCGUAUCGAGCAUUUAGUGUUAACGCUCACCACAAACCGCUCUACGGUGAGCAUCCUAAAUGUGGUAUCCUUGAGGGCGAUCACUUUCCACAGGUGCCGCCAUCUGGUGGAAAUAAACAUAGACAAAACACGGCUGGCCGUCAUCCCGGAGACGCUGUACACGCAGAGUUCACUCGAGGUCCUGUCGAUCAGCAAUUCGCUCCUUGUGAUCCUUGAUUUCAAUCUGCUCGCCAAGUUCCCCAAUUUGCGGCACGUAAACUUUAGCUACAAUAGAGUGCACACGGUUCUCAUCUCACCGGAAACUCGCUGCUGCCAGCAGCUGGUUACGAUCGAUAUGAACUUUAAUCUGCUGGAAAGGUUUGAUUUCGGAGCAUUCGCACGUAUGGAUGAACUCGCUUCUAUUUUGCUUAGACAAAAUCGAUUGCGCACGGUUCGGAACACGGAACGAUAUGCCGGACUCGCGAAUCUCACGCAGAUCAGCAGCUUUCAAAGGUUGUACAUUAUCGAUCUUUCGCAAAAUCAGCUCCGGCAAAUCGAUCUCUCGCUGUUUGCAAGCAUGCACAGGUUAAAGGAGUUAUUUCUUAGUGAUAGCAAGCUGACAAAGUUGAUCGCCACAAAGCUUCCACCGCGGUUGGAGCUUCUUGACGUGAGUGAGAAUCAUAUACCGGAAGCUGAACUGAGCCCACUAGAAGAUGUUCUAUCGCUUAUCGUCGACAUCGACAAAGCAUCUUUAUAA